AUGUUCGACACCCCGGCAUCCCUCGUCGUAGAGAAACAGCUUCGUGGAGCUCGCGCUGUGCAGCCUGCUUCUGCGCACUUGUCCGCAGAACAGCCCCAGAUCACAAUUAACCGUCGUGAUGUCAGUGGUUUUGACCCUAUCGGUUCCGCCUUUAUCGUUAGCGAGGGUGACACCAGCACCAGCGUUGCUUCAAAAUGUGGCAUCGCGGUCAACUUACUCACUACCUAUAACAAAGGUGUGGACUGCGCUAAAAGCAUCGGAAAGCCCGUGUGCUGCUCCACAGGAGGAAAUCUAGGUUCACCGAGAGAUUUUGGAGGUGUCUGCUACAAGUAUACCAUUCGAGGCGAAGAUACCUGCAAGGGAAUUGCCAAGGCGUUAUGA